AUGGAGUACUCGCGUAUGUUGUCCCUAGCAGUGCUAGGCUUACUUCUACUGGGAUGUAGUGCUCCACCAACGGAUGCAGCACGAAUCCUUGGCAUAUUACCUUCUGUCGGACGAUCCCAUUACAUCAUUGGUGCUGGUCUUAUGAAAGCGUUACUUGACGCAGGUCACGAUGUGACCAUCGUCAGCCCGUACGCAAUGAAAGAUGCGCCACCUGGCCGUCACCGUGACAUUCUUAUGCCGGAAUUAGCCGCCGCGCACGAUGUAUCUGGGCCGAAUCUCUUCGAAUACAAGAACGCACCGAACCUGAUGGUGUUAUAUCUGGUGUACAAUGAAUUUGGCCCUCUUUCCUCGCAAGGUGUGCUGGAACAUCCGAAGAUGAUAGAGCUGAUGAAAUCCGGCGAACGGUUUGACGCGGUCAUCGUGGAGUCGUUCGCAAGCGAGGUUCUCUACGGUUUGGCGGAACAUUUUGGUGGCCAUCUGUUUGCGUUCGCUCCUUUCGGGGCAUCAAUGUGGACAAGCGAACUCGUCGGUACACCUUACCCGUACUCGUACAUACCGCACACCUUCCUUAGCUUUACGAACGAUAUGUCCUUCUGGCAGCGCUUUGCGAAUGCAUUAGUGGGCCAUCUCGACAAGCUGUACUAUCGAUGUGUGUUUCUUCCCAAACAAGAAGCCAUGUUUCAUCGAUACUUCCCGAACGCGAAGCUCACCUUCCAACAGACGCUUGAAAGUGUCCGGUUGGCAUUCGUUAAUCAGCACUUCAGUCUUAGCUACCCACAUCCUUAUGCUCCGAACAUGGUUGAGAUCGGAGGCAUUCAAAUUCAACCGCCAAAGAAACUUCCAGUUGACAUACAACGGUACAUGGACGAAGCAUCCGAUGGUGUUAUCUACUUCUCCAUGGGUUCCAUGCUAAAGGGUCGAAACUUCCCUGAAGAAAAGCGUGCCGCUUUCGUGAACGUGUUCCGUGGGCUGAAGGAGAACGUCAUCUGGAAGUACGAGAACGAUAGUCUUCCGAACAAACCACCGAACGUGCUGAUCAAGUCGUGGAUGCCACAGAGCGACAUUCUUGCUCAUCCGAAGGUGAAACUAUUUAUCACGCACGGUGGUCUUCUCGGGACUACCGAGAGUCUUUACCACGGUGUACCAAUGGUUGGCAUUCCAAUUUACGGUGAUCAAGAGUUAAAUUUGGCUCGUGCAGAACAUGCCGGGUAUGGUGUGAAGCUUGCCUACGAAACAUUGAACGAGGAGACGAUUUCGGCCGCCAUCAAGAAAGUGCUCGCCGAUCCUUCUUAUACCGAGCGUGCCCAACUCAUCUCCGAACGCUACCGGGAUCAACCGCUCGGACCGGCCAAAACUGCGGUCUACUGGGUUGAGUACGUAUUGCGCCACGGUGGUGCCCCACAGCUUCAAUCCCCGGCCGUACGGUUGUCCUUCAUCGAGUACAAUCUGCUAGACGUAUACGCAGUGAUGAUCGCGAUUGCCUUAUCAGUGCUAAUUGGCAUGGGUGCGGCAAUCAAAGCACUGUUGAGACGGUUGGGAAUCGUCAAUCGAGUGCACCACGAUAGUAAAAGGAGGAAGAAAAAUCAGUAA